GACAUUUUCAAAAAGAGAUUUGAAGUUUUACUUCUAUCUCAAUCAGUCAUGACCAUGAAGGAGAUUAAAGAAGAAGACUUUGAUUAUUUUCUCCAAGAGUUUUCAAGGCGACCUCGAGAGGAUGAUUCAACCAGCAAAGAAGAAAUGAGUCCUGCAAUAAAAAUGGAAGAGGAGUCCAAUGUUACAGGAAACAGUCAUGAUGGUAUGACAUCUAUCAGGAAGGUGUCAGAAUCAUACAAGCUUGUUACAAUAAAGAAGGAAAUCAAAGAAGAAGACGUUGAUGAUUUUCUCCAAGAAUAUUUGUGGCAACCAGGGCAGGAUGAUUCAACCAGCAGAACAACCUGUGAAGAAGAAAUCAGCCCUGCAAUGGAUAUUAAAGAGGAAGAGGAGUUCAAUUUUACAGGAAACAGUCAUGAUGGUAUGACGUGUAUCAGCAAGGAGUCAGAAUCAUCCCAACUGGUCACAUACAAGAAGGAAAUCAAAAGAGAGGACUUUGAAGACUCAUCGCAGAGAGCACAAGAGAAUGAUGAAACAAAACCGUCUUUCUAUGAGGAAGAAAAUUGUUUAUCCGUGGAUAUUGAAGAGGAACUUGACCCUAACCUAAUCAACAAUGGCAACAAUGGCAUGUCUCCUACAAGUUCCCCUGCGGUCAACAUGCGUGCUGGGACGACACUUCAGUGCACCACAUGUGGAAAGGUGUUUACACAUGCAAGAUUUCUAAGGAGACACCAGAGGCUUCAUACUGGUGACAAGACUUGCGAAACAUGUGGAAAAUAUUUUGCAAAGAAAGAAAAUCUUAAAGUACAUCUGAAAAUUCAUACUGGAGAAAAGCCUUUCCCAUGUACAGCAUGUGGAAAGACUUUUAUACAAAAAGGUCAUCUUCAGAAACACCUUGUGAUUCAUACUGGAGAAAAGCCUUUUCUUUGUACAACAUGUGGAACAUCUUGUGCAACAAAAGAUAUUCUUCAGGUACACCUGAAGAUUCAUACCGGUGAAAAGCCUUUCCCAUGUACAACAUGUGGAAAGACUUUUCUACGAAAAGGUGAUCUUAAUAAACACCUGGUGAUUCAUACUGGAGAAAAGCCUUUUCCUUGUACAACAUGUGGAAAGUCCUUCAGAGAAGGAGGCACUUUAAGGAGACAUCAGAUGAUUCACACUGAUGAAAAGCCUUACCUAUGUACCACAUGUGGGAAAGCUUUUAGAGUGGCAGGUGAUUUAAGGAGACACGAGAGGACACACACUGGUGAAAAGCCUUACCAAUGUACAACAUGUGGAAAAGCCUUUACACAGGCAAGUUCUUUAAGGACUCACCAGAGGAGCCACACUGGAGAAAAGUCAAUGUAUCACUGACUAGAUUGGCCUAUGUGUAAAGAAUAAAAUCAGUUAUUUUUAAAAAUGGAUUAUGUAUCCCUGUGUGCUCUGACAAGACAAUAGUCCUGAAUACUUUAUUAUCUCAUUACCUUUAAGACAUGAUUUCCAUAAACAACUAAAUAAAUGAACUGAUAUCAAUUGAAAAUAACAUAUAGAAAUUCGGACCACCACUUAGAAACAGUGUUUUAGACAUCCUCCCAUGAAUUUAAGGAUAUAUGUUAAGAGAAGAAACAUGUCGUAUGUGACUGCAUGUAAAAUAUGAAUGUAUUGCAUUCUGUAAAUGUUUACUGCUAUGGACUAUAUGUAAAUGAUUACUGAAUAUGACGAAGUGACUGAGACAACAAGUGGCUAUAGUAAAAUUAUAUUUAUUAUUAUAUUUCCUUUUGUUGUGUUGGCUCAUGAAACAUGUUAGCAGUAGAUGAUUAUUGUGCAUAUGCAUAUUUAUUUAUCUCUGACUGAGCAAAUGUAACACUAUGCUGAGAGGAGAUUAUUGAUUGUAAGGUGCUUC